AUCCUGUCUGAUCCCCCGGGCAACAAAGAGAAACAAAACCCGUUUUCUUUGCUUACUACCAUGGCCCGUAUAUCUCUCUCGCUAUAGCCCCGGCAGCUGCUCUGAUUCUCGUAGCUCCUUGGCCUCCAGUUUCAUUCUUGGUUCUAUAAUCAGGACCCUCGAGGCUACAUAAGAUCUGGAAGGCUCCUCUGGAUCCAUCAGCGCAGCAGCUAUCGCACAUUCAUAGAUCCAUCGACAUAAUCUCCAGCUUUGGCGGUAGCAUCUUCACAAAGAUGCCGUGCACAGCCCACCCCAUUCUCAAACAUAUCCCUUCUUCUCCGGUUUUCGGUCCCCAUCCUGAACCCCCUACUGUUCACUUUCCUCCUUCCCCGUCCCUCACGCGUACCUUCAGUGCGUAUUCCUCCAGCGCAUAUGACCGAUCUCCUAUCGUCGUCACUCCCAACGCUUGUGCGCUCCCUGCACGUGGAUGCCCCGGACGAACUUACUACGAAGGCAAACCUACGCAGAAACUCGUUGCGCCUGGUCCGCACACUCACAGCCAAGGUCGCUCUUUGCAUCCACGGGCAUUGGACUGUAGGAGUAGUGAAGAUCAAGAAGAUGAAGACGACGGCGAGGAGAGUGACCCUGAGCGGACGCCCACCAGGACAAGUCCUUACAUCGGGCUCUCCGUUCCUCCGCCAAUACCGCAAUCCCCCGCCGUCCCCUCAAAGCCUACUCUGUCCCCGCCCCCGCACUCCGACUGUCAUUUCUACUUCCCCCACCCUUCAUCCGUUCCUCCCUUGAUCCCCGAUCUCAGUUCGGAGAGUGAUGAAAGCGACGGUUUCAUAAGUCCUCCACCGGAGACAGCGGGAUUUGCGGACUUAACUGCUCAAAAGUACACAAAUCCGCUGCUCGGCAUGCCGCCUCUUUCGGCGCCGUUUCCUGCCUAUAAUCACUCGUCGCCUUCCUUCGUCGAGUCUCCGCCUUCGGCGUCCCCCGUUGAACGUAAACGCCGGCGAUCGCCUCGCCGAUCUCACACGCCCCAUCCUCGGUCUCAUUCAGAGCUGGACGAAGACGGCUAUGAGGAAGAAGAUCUUCCGGGCUCGUUCUCCCACGCCGAUCACUUUCGCAAUCAAGUUCGAUCCCCUUCCCCAGCAAGUCACUUCCAGCCGCUCUCAAUCAACUCCCCGCCCGGUAGCAAAGCGAAGGAAAAGAAAGCGCGCAAGGACAAGAAGGAAAAGGGCGAUCGCUCUGUGUCCUCUCUCUGUCGGUCUCUGACUGGCUCAAGCUUCAGGGACGAGGAAGACGGAUGUUUAGGUGGUUUUUGA